GUUUAGUGAAAACAAUUACAUGAGAGCAGCCGCACACAGCAGUUUCAGUUGUCGUUUCAAUCACAAAAGUAGCCGGGACCGGGUCGUGCUGUAGCAUCCGUACCCGCUUUCGCAUUCGUAAGGGUGACUCAAUAAUGAGACUAGCGGGUUCGCUGUACCCCGUAGCGUACAGUGUGUGACGUCCGUAUUUGUUGUACGCAGCAGCAGCAUCACCGCGAGAGCCGGCCGUGUCGGUAGCAAUUGCGGCGUUUCUCGAAAUUCAAGUGCGGCCGAGAUUCAGGGUACCACUAAUCAAAACACUUGUUGGAUUAAGACCUGAAGGAAGGGACGGGCAGAGGGAGGCGGAAGCUUUUGCUCCUACCCUGCAGCCGUCGAAUCAUCCAUCCGCCCAACCCGGUCGCACGCCGUGUUGCGCCCGAUAAGCUGCGCCUGGUUCAAAGCCCCUUCAAAGCGUGAUUAUUAUUAUUUUAUAUUGACGGUCCGCCCGCAGUGAGGAGGCGACCGAAAACGUCCUCAGUUGUGUGCGCCUGUGCGCUCGUGCGGGAGCGUUGUGUACGUGUGUAUGUGUGCGGGUCGAAGAAGAAAAGCCGAGGAUAUAUAGAUAAAACAACACCACACAACAGUGCACAGUCAGAAGAUCGCCCGUGGAAGCGACGAAUCUUUUAUUUGAUAGAAAACAGCAGUCGAAAAGAAGCGCAGUUCGUGUGUGUGUGUGUGCGUCUGUUGUCUGUUUCUGUGUAUGUGUAGUGCGUUUGUGUGUGACAUGUUUUAGUGUGUUGGAGAAUUUUCUUUAACAAAAAAAAAAACGGAAAAGGAUACAACACAGCUUUUUCUUGCACGCUGUACCUGCCACCAGGGCAUUGCAUUGUGUAGCGAGCGGCGAGAUUGUGUGCGUGCGUGCGAGAGUGUGGGAAACUCGAUGCACACUUUUCGUCUUCUCUAAGAAGGACACAAUCGGGUGAGGCCCCGGGUGUAGGGCUUUUAGCGAACCAUCUCGUAACGCCAUCGUUUCGCCAUAGCACACACCGAGUGCGCAAAAUGGCGCGUCCGGUGGUUGUGUGGCGGAGGUUAACGGUACUGCUGACCGUCCUCUGUCUGCACGGCGUCAUCGUGCCAACGGAUCAGCAGGCCACGGUUGUGCGGCACGGAUUUCCACCGAGCAUUCUCCACGUAGAGCCGGACAUCGACACGAGCCGCCGGGCACCGCGUACGAUAACGCUGUCCCUCGGUGACAUGGAGGGCGACGGUGCCGAUCCGGAGGCGGCCGCACUGCUCGCCCGGUCCACCUUCUUGCGCGACGAGCUGAAGCGCGUCCGGCGUGAUACGGGUCCGGCACCAACACCGAAUGUCAACAGUGGUGCCACGGGACCAAACAAAAACGUUUCCAGCACGGCGGCGGCUACAACGGCCGGCAGCAAUGUAACGGCAGCAGCAACCAAGAAUACGCUAUCAUCGGAAUUUUCUCCGUCGCCAAUAAUUAAAGCACAGACGACUCACCUAAACGAUUCCCACGGUCAGCUUAUCGUGCACUGGUUGGGCGAAGGAACGGACGUUAUGAUCUGUCUUGCCCGCGAGCCUCCGGAUACGGACAUGAAGUCACCGCCACCGCCGCCAUCGCGAAUCUUCAUGUCCAAAGAUUAUGGUGACACGUUCGAAGAUAAAACGGCCGAUUUCAUGCUCAACAUCACCGGCGUAAUGACCAACUCUACGGUGGAACAGUUUUUUACGCAUCAAAAAUACAACACGAUUGUCUUUAUUGAUCCCCGGAAUCAAGCGAUAUUUACAUCGGAGGAUUAUGGAACCACGAUUACGAUGCGCAAGCUUGACUUCACACCUUCGGACGUUUCGUUCUAUGACGCUGACAGGCGAACAUUUCUCGUACUGGACAAGCGCGACCCGCAGCGAAAGCUUUAUUAUACUACCGACUUUGGAGCAUCGUUUACACUCCUUCAAAGCUAUGUGAAAUCGUUCCUGUGGUCGUCGGGCGACGGUGUUCCCAUACAUCUGUACGUGGAGCGCAAAGAACCUACGAAUACUUCAUCGGUAAUAUUCUUCAACGCUGCCGAUCUGUACACCGGCAACCGGAAGUUUAACGUGCUGAUCGAGAAGGUGGAAGACUUUCACAUCAACAAAGACUUUAUGUUUGCGUCCCAGCGGCUGCCAAACAGUACCCAGCUGCUGAUUUCGUACAAGCGGGGCAAAUUCGUGAAGGCAGACUUCCAAACCGAGCUGGACAUCCGUGGCUAUCAUGUGGCGGACGUCGAAGGGCGGCGCAUCAUGAUCUCGGUCGUACACUCGGAACGCAUCUCGCAUCUGUACGUGUCCGAAUCGAACGACGACCUGACGGACAUAAAGUUUGUGCCCAGCUUGGAGAACGUGUUCACCUACAUUCCCGACCUGAACUGGCGUUCGAGCUGGUUGGUGAAAUCUUCCGAAACUGCAUUCACCGAUCUGUACCGGGUGGAUGGGUUGAGAGGAAUCUACAUCGCGUCCAAGAUGAAUCGGCUGCCGGUCGCGGAAACGAUCACGCCCGACUAUCUGAUGUCGGUAAUAACGUUCGAUCAUGGCGUGACGUGGCGAACGCUGAAAGCGCCCGAAACGGACGAUGAAGGCGCAAUGCUGAACUGUGGCAAAGAUUGCAGUCUGCAUUUGACGCAGAAAUUCUCCUCCUUGUACCCGGUCACUAGGUCGGUCACUAUCAUGAGCUCGAAAACGGCCCCAGGUGUAAUCAUGGCUUCCGGUGUGGUGGGCAAAUCGCUUAAAGGACACCCGGGAGUGUACAUUUCGCGCGACGCCGGUCUCACGUGGAAGCAGAUUCUGAAGAACUAUUACUUCUUCAACAUGGGCGAUCACGGCGGAAUACUGGUGGCGGUGAAGUACUUCAAAUCGAAGGGCGAAACGAACGAAAUCCUCUACUCGACGGACGAGGGCGAACGGUGGCACUCGACGCCGUUCAUCGGCAACCAGCUGAAGGUGUACGGGUUGAUGCGCGAAGCGGAAGCGAACGGUACCAUCUUUACGCUGUUCGGUUCGGAGCAGGAAGAGCACCGGUGGCUGAUCAUCAAGAUCGAUCUGAAGAAUGCGUUCACCGCGAACUGCACCGAGGACGAUUACAAAUUUUGGACGCCCGGCUCGUACUCGGGCGAUGCGUUUAUGCCGUGCGUGCUCGGCCGGCAGGAUACGUAUCAGCGGCGGAAACCGCACGCCAACUGCCACAAUGGCAUCGGGUACGAACGGCCCAUCCGGCAGGAGGUUUGCGAGUGCAACAGCUGGGACUUUGAGUGUGAUUAUGGGUUCGUACGCAACGGCCAGAAGCGAUCGUUCUGUGUGCGCAACAAAACGUUAACCCAGUACGGCGACCCGUACGCGAUACCGACAUCGUGCAAACCCGGUGCGUACUACAACCGCACCCGGGGCUACCGGAAGAUCGAGGGUGAUGUGUGUGUGGGUGGAUUUUCGACCCGCUUCCUGCCGCAAUCGAUCCCGUGCCCGAUGGCAGUGUCGGACGAGUUUUUGAUCAUAGCGCAGCGGGAAAAGAUUUCCCGGAUCGAUUUGCGCCACAACAACACGCGCACCGACUUCGCUAUACCCGGGCUUAAGAACGUGAUUGCGAUCGAGUUUGAUUUGAAGCGCAACUGUGUGUUUUGGGCCGACAUUCUGACGGAUGUGAUCGGGCGGCAGUGUCUGAACGGGAACUCGACGCCGGAAACGUUGGUAGACAAUGGGCUUUCGUCGGUGGAGGGCAUGUCGUACGAUUGGAUCUCGGAGGUGCUGUACUUUGUCGAUGGAAUGCGGCUAAUGAUCGAGGCGCUUCGUGUACCGGCGCCGGGCACGAUUCCACCGGCCGGUUCACCGCGUCCGGCCAACGUUCGGCACACGAUCCUGGACAGCAAGUAUCUGAACAAGCCGCGCGGCAUCGUGGUGCAUCCGAUGGAGGGGUACCUGUUCUGGACGGACUGGAACUCGAUCCGACCGUCGAUCUCGCGCGCGAACAUGGACGGUACGGAUGUGCGCGAGCUGUUUACGAAGCCGCAGGUCGCGUGGCCGAACGGGGUGACGAUCGACUACAUGGCGGAACGGUUGUACUGGGUGGAUGCGAGCAAGGACUACAUCGCUAGCAGCGAUCUGGACGGCAAGCACUUUCACAAGGUGAUGCAGCAGGACCCGUUCGUGCAGCACCCGUUCGCGGUGGCGGUGCUGAAGGACGUAAUGUACUGGGACGAUUGGAAGCAAAAUUCGGUCUUCUCCGCUGACAAGGACCAUGGCAUCAUGGCGAAGCUGGUGGCGGACAACAUGACCAACCUGAUGGACAUGAAGGUGUACGGCCAUACGGUGCAGGUCGGUACGAACGCUUGCACGAAGAACGAUCGUUGCUCGCACAUGUGCGUGGGCGGGCCGAAGCACACGUUCAGCUGCCUCUGUCCGGAUGGGAUGGAGCUGGUGAAGGAGCAGUGUACCUGUCCCGCGGGCACGACACCCCAGGGCAGUGGCUGUACGCGCACGGGCAAAACGUGCGGGCCGAAGUUUUUCAGCUGCAACAACGGGCGCUGCAUUCCGCAGAUUUACAAGUGUGACGGCGAGGACGAUUGCGAGGAUCGGAGCGACGAGGAAGGUUGUCCGGCCGCGAAACCGGCCUGCCCGCCGCACAUGUUCACCUGCCGCCAGGACCAGCAGUGCAUCCCGAAGCACUAUCUGUGCGAUUUCGACAAGGACUGCAAGGACGGCAGCGACGAGGAGAACUGCAAGACGCCGCACUGCAAGAAGGGUGAGUUUACCUGCGACAACGGGCGCUGCAUCAAGCCGAGCUGGAUGUGCGACGGCGAGGACGACUGUCGGGACGGGUCGGACGAGAAGGACUGCCAGAAGAAGAAUGCCACCCUGAUCGAGUGCAAGGCGGACGAGUUCCGGUGCAACGUAACGAACGCGUGCCUGCCGAACCAGUGGCGCUGCGACACGGAGGUCGACUGUCCGGACGGUUCGGACGAGUCGCACUGUAGCAACAACACGUGCGAAUCGUGGAUGUUUACGUGCGUCGGCGAUGGCAUGUGCAUCUACAAAACGUGGCAGUGUGAUGGGGCGAAGGACUGCAAGGACGGUAGCGACGAGCUGGACUGUGCCACGAUCAUCGGCGACACCAGGACGGAAGCGCCGGCGAAAAAACCGACCAUCAACAUCAAGCCGGGCCAGGAGUGUCACGAUUGGAUGUUUAAGUGUAACAACGAUCGCUGCGUACCGUACUGGUGGAAGUGCGACGGUGUGAACGAUUGCGAGGAUCACUCGGACGAGGAUGGGUGCGGCAGCGGUGAGGUGGGCAAGCCGACCGACCCGCACGGCAACAACGGUACCACGGCGGCAACGGCGAAUCCGAGCACACCGACACCGACGCGGCGCAAGGAUCGAACGUGCGGGCUGCACGAGUUCCGGUGUGAUUCGGGCAUGUGCAUCCCGAAGCGGUUCGUGUGCGACAGUUACAGUGAUUGUACGCGGGGCGAGGACGAGGACAACUGUCCGAGCCACAAGCUGUGCAGCAACAACAGCUUCCGGUGCCGCACCGAUGGCAUGUGUCUGCCGAUGAACCGGUUUUGCAACGGCAUCAAGGACUGUGCCGAUGGCAGUGACGAGGAGUGUACGUUUAAGCCGUCGGCAUCUGGAACGACCAACCAAAACUGUAGCACCAACCCGGGAGUGUUUGCGUGCGAUAACACGUGCUUGGCGCUGAUGCUUCAGUGCGACGGUAAGCCCAGCUGUUACGAUGGCACGGACGAGGAAAAUUGCUCGGGCAGUCGGAAAGGACCACACUACCAGGUUUCACAGAUCAGUGUCGAUCAACGUUCGCUAAACUCGACCAGCUUCAUCGUCUCCUGGUGGGUUACGAUGCACGCGAACGUAGUGUUCGAAUAUUUGCCCUCCAUCCAUUACAACAAUGAGUGGAAGAAUGUUUCGAGCUGGAACACGGACACCUCGUACCGCUUUACCAACCUCAAACCCUACACAACCUACACCGUGACCACGUACGUACGGGCGAAGGGUCAAACGAAGAUCACACCACCCUACAUCUACUACGAAAUCGCAACGACCGAAGGAAUUCCAUCGCCACCGUUGAGCGUGUCGGUCAUACAGCAGAAUGGGUCGCGCGUGCUGGUAAGCUGGGAUCCACCGAAGGAAGUGAACGGUCACCUCGAAGGAUACACGGUCAACUAUCGGUCGCAGUCGAAGAACGUAACGCCGGCCCAGAACGUGAGGGUGAGCGCGUCGGAAACGAGCGUCGUCAUCGACAAGGACUUUAAGCCGCACGUGGUGUACGAGUUUUGGGUGAAGGCACGCAACGGGAAGCACGAGUCGCUUUCCUCCGUCAUGGUGCCGCUCACGUUCGAUGGCACCUCGUUCGUGGAAAAGGUGACACGCAUCGAAGUGCUGAACAAAACGGCCACAUCGGUCACGCUACGCUGGAAACCGGUCAGCAAUGCGGACGGGUACAUGGUGGUGCCGAUCCUGCCCCAAACCUAUCCCGUACUGCCCACGCUAAAGGUACGGAAUGCGACCGUCAUUACGCUGGACAAUAUGGUGCCGGGUACGCAGUACGUGAUUAAGGUGGCCGCGUAUGUGAAAAACUUUUUCGGCCAGCACGAAACGACGAUCGUGUCGUUCGGUGGCACACCGCUCCCGGCACUGAACGUCGAGGUGAAGGAAAAGACGAACGAUUAUGCGUUGCUGGAGUGGAACGAACCGAAGGGAUUGAACACGAGCAAGCUGGUGUACGGCGUUUACUACGGUACCAGCAUGGACGCGCUGUUUGAAGCCGCUCGCAUCAACACGACCGGGCGCAGCAUUAAGCUAGCGGGCCUCAUGCCCUGCCAAUCGUAUCUGGUCAGCGUGGGUAUCGUCGGUCCGAUCGGGCCCGGUCCACUGGGGCGCAACCCGUUGAAGCUGGAGACGGCGUACAAUCGUACGCUACCACCAAAGGAACUAACAGUUGAAAUUAACGAAACUAGUCAAGAAAUGACCAUCGAAUGGCAGCAUAGCUGUGCGUUGGAUUUGGGCGCGUAUCCAUCCUACAUUAUAUCGGUUCGCGAGCUGACGCUCAACAAAACAUCCGUCGUGACGGUGCAACCGUCCAGCAACAAGACGAUAGUGCACGUAUUCCGCAAGAUUCCCAGGGGUGCCGCAUACGAGAUAUCCGUAUCGACCGACGUGCCGAAUGCGCAGGCGGUCAGCAUGAUUGCGUACUCGGCACCGUUGCCCGCGCCCGACCAGCUGCAGGUGUGGCCGGAGCGAAACGGAACGCAUGUGGUUUACUGGAAAACGGUGAAAGAUUUCAAGGACGAUAGCUACUCUUACGAAGUCGUUGUGCACGAAGGCCACGGCAUCAAUAGUUCAGUACCGCCGCUGCUCACGAUACCGGCCAAAGAACCGCCUGCAUUCAUUCAACCCGAACAGCUAAAGUCAAUUGCGGACCAGGGUGUCUUUACGGUUGGCGUUCGGCUAAAAACGGAUCAGGGUUUGUACUCCGACAUCGUAGACACGGAAUCCUUCACCAAGUACAGCUUGCUGAGCAUAAUGGAACCUUCGACCUCUUCCGUGGGUUCGUCCUGGAAGUGGAUCGUGCCGACGGUUGUGGUGGUGAUACUGGUCGCCGUGCUCGCGUACGGUGUCCAGCGCCACCGACGGUUGCAGAGCUCGUUCAGCCGGUUCGCCAACUCACACUACGACACGCGAACCGGUGCGACGCGCAUCGGAUGCACGCUCGAUGAUGAUGAGCACGAACAUCAAGAGGUGCCGCGCAGCUUCUCCGACGAUGAGCCACUGGUCAUUGCUUAAGCGGACGGUAAGUACAUUGUCCUUGCUUACUGCACACACACACACGCACACACGUGCGGGUUGCUGAUAUUAAUAGAUUUCGUGCUACAGUAGAUCUCCUCGUUUCCACGUAUUCCACCACCGCGAGACAGUGCGUGUGUGGCUGUGUGUGUGGGUGAUUGAUAAUAGGAUAGAACAAACAAAAAGGUGUAUAGGAAAUGGUGGCUCUGUGUAUGUUGUUAGUAGGUGAUAGGCAUUAAUUUCGAUCGUUCAGUUUCUUCAUACCAUACGGCGGGGGGCAUUAAUGGAGACGGCCGACCGCUGAGUACAUGUUGUGCAGAUCAUUUUCCUAAUGUUCCUAAUGUUUUUGAGGCUUCCUGAUCGUUAACUCGUAAGGGUUUAUGAGUUAGCUGCUUCAGUGUUUUUUUUAUGAUGAGGGAGUCACAGGCUCAAUGAAACUUUCCCGCUAUCGAAUCCUACCAACAACUCCACGAACAUUGUCAACUGUGAGCAACUGGUAUAAGUCAGUAGUAUAAAAUGAAUCAUAGCGUAAACAACAUGUUUUUAAACAAACAAAUUGGAAACGCGAUCCAAAAUUAAUGCCACCACCUAAUAACGAACCGAAGCAAGCGAACAGAACUGAUACGAAUACGAAUUGUAACCCUUACACGACGCGCGGGUGACAAGACACAUUUAAUAAACGAGUCAGCUUCUCCCCUAAAGCAGGACAGAUAUUAACGAAUCCGGAAGCUGAACAAUAUGAUAAAUGCAAGCAAAGAUAAACUAAAGAAUGAGAGAAGUAGAUAACAGAACAGCCUAGCGUAAGAACAUUAAGACGAAAACACACAAAGUAAACCCACGGGCGUUAAAGAAAGAGAGAAGGGAAGGCGAAACGUGUAGUAGAGAAGUGUGAGUAAAAACAAACUGAAAGACUAAACUAA